AUGGCACAAUCAUACUGGUGCAGUGUGGUAUUGAUUCUUUGGUCUCUCUUCUCGCUAUCUGUUGCAGACACUUGCUGGCGUGAUACCUCUUGUUCUGGGCCUACGAACACUGCAUUCAGCGGGCCAUGGGAAGAGAACAUAUACGCACCGGCAUCGCGAACAGUACGACCAGUCUCAACCUUAUCGGAGUUAAAAACGAACGCUGUGGCAGACUCCUCGCAUCCAUACAAAGCAAAAUUAUACGGCAAUGGAUCACUCAUUGUAUUCGACUUCGGUAUUGAAGUCGGUGGCAUCGUCCAUCUAGACUAUACCUCCACCGGUAGCGGAGCUCUAGGGCUAGCAUUUACAGAAGCCAAAAAUUGGAUUGGAGAGUGGUCGGACUCAUCAAACGCUCUCUAUCAUGAUGGCGCGUUGUAUGCAAAUAUAUCGUCAACUGAGAAGGGUACAUAUAUCAUGCCGGACAAAUAUCUGCGGGGCGGGUUCCGAUACUUGACCGUCUUCUUGAUCACAGACAAUUCAGGCAGUGUUCAAAUUGAUGAUUUGAGCUUAGAAGUCGCAUUUAAGCCCACUUGGUCGAAUCUCCGAGCUUAUCAGGGGUACUUUCACUGCAAUGAUGAGCUUUUGAACCGCAUCUGGUAUAGCGGUGCAUAUACUCUGCAGACGAAUGAAGUGCCUGUGACUACUGGUCGUGUUGCAAAGGGUAUCACCUCUGGGUGGGCAAACAAUGGGACUCUCGGGCCAGGAGACACGAUUAUAGUUGAUGGGGCAAAGCGAGAUCGUGCGGUUUGGCCUGGUGACAUGGGCAUUGCCGUGCCUUCCGCUUUUGUGAGUCUGGGAGAUUUGGAAAGUGUUAAAAACGCUUUGCAGAUUAUGUACAACACCCAGAACAAGACAACAGGUGCAUUUGAUGAGUCUGGGCCUCCAUUGAGCCAGAAGGACUCGGACACAUAUCAUAUGUGGUCUAUGAUUGGCACCUAUAAUUAUGUGCUUUACACCAAUGAUACAGACUUCUUGUUGGAGAAUUGGGCCAGCUAUCUGCACGCCAUGGAAUAUAUUUAUGGAAAGGUGACUUAUCCCAGCGGGCUUUUGAAUGUGACAGGCACGCGAGACUGGGCGAGAUGGCAGCAAGGUUAUAACAACUCGGAAGCACAGAUGAUUCUCUAUCAUACGCUACAAACGGGAGCCUCUCUCUCUUUGUGGGCUGGAGAUUCAGCCAAUCUCUCAAGCACUUGGAGCUCCCAGGCUGUCAAUCUCAAAAAAGCAAUCAACACCUACUGCUGGGACGAGUCGUACGGCGCAUUCAAGGACAACGCAACCGAUACCUCUCUACAUCCACAAGAUGCUAAUAGUAUGGCAAUUAUUUUCGGUGUUGUUGACGAAGAGCACACAGCCAGCAUUUCAGAAAAGCUUCUCAAGAACUGGACCCCCAUCGGGGCCGUAGCUCCUGAGUUGCCAGAGAACAUUGCUUCGUUCAUAUCAUCUUUUGAGAUCCAAAGUCACUUCAUUGCUCGCAAGCCCGCACGCGCCCUGGACCUCAUUCGUCGUAGCUGGGGUUGGUAUAUCAACAACCCGAAUGGUACAGAGAGCACUGUAAUUGAGGGCUAUCUAAGGAACGGAACUUUCGGGUAUCGGAUGGACCGCGGAUAUGGCUAUGAUCCAUCAUAUGUCUCACAUGCACACGGCUGGUCAUCUGGUCCGACGUCUGCGUUAACAGAGUUUGUUGUCGGUCUCUCUGUGGUCUCGCCACUAGGAUUGACGUGGAAAAUCGCGCCGCAAUUUGGAGACUUGGAUUUUGCCGAGGCUGGCUUUGUCACCUCCCUCGGGAAGUUUAAGGCGUCUUGGGCUUUGAAUUCUAGUGGAUAUGUGUUGACUUUCUCGGCGCCGAAGGGUACUAUUGGGAAUGUCACUUUGCCCUAUGUCACUGCGUCGAAGAAGCCUUUGAUCACCAUUGAUGGCAAGCAGCUGAUAAGAGAAGUUGCCUAUGCUGAUGAUACAGCAAUCUUCGAAGUGACCGGUGGCUCUCACAAGGUUAUUGUCAAGUAA